UUACAACUCGUAUUAAGCAGUCGGGCACAACGCAAUUGUUAGGAAUGAAAUAAAAAUGCUUGCUACACUUCUGCCACAUUUCCUACAUCUGAAUGGAUUCUAUGUAAAUCAAAAAAGCAUAGAUUUGGUGAAAGACCCAGCAUAUGCGGAUAAGGGACAAAUCGAUAUCCUUGAAGUUGUCUAUGUUGAUAACCUGCCGCAGCAAACUGCUGGUAGCACGGACUGUGGUGUUUUUGUGGCAGCGUAUGCUGAGUAUUUGACAUCGGGUGAAAGGAUUCCAGAUGUCAUUGAUGCACACAUGCAGCGUAUGAGAUACGGUGCACUCUUAUGGGACUACGCUGAAGGCAAGGUUGCUGACAAUGCGAGUGAUAAUGAAGUUCCACCAAGACCGAUCGGAGCCACCAAUCGAUUAUGA